AUGGAGCAAAUAGCCAAAUCCGUAAAACUAUUUUCUGAGGAUUACGCAGUUUCUACAGUGCCCGUAUCAGACUAUUUGCAUUUGAAGAGUUUCUGUAGCAUGGCCGGACCAAACCUUAUCGCCAUUGGCUCAAGCGAAGCUGCCCAGAAAGCUCUGAAGAUCACUAGUAAGACCAUGCAACAGAUGAGUGAUCAUCGCUAUGACAAACUGACAGUCCCUGAUGACAUUGCAGCUAAUUGCGUUUACUUAAACAUACCAAGCAAAGGGCAUGUGUUACUGCACCGCACACCCGAAGAGUUUCCAGAGAGUGUAAAGGUGUUUGAGAAGCUGAAAGACCAUAUGCUAAUCCCAGUCGCCAACACAGAACUGGGCAAAGUAGACGGAGCCCUUACCUGCUGUUCCCUGCUAAUUAACAAGAAGACAGAUCUCUGAG